CGAGGUGCCUCGUCGGCUAGAGACUAACGGCGUAACUGUUUAGUUAGCAACAAGGUCCGAGAAGUUAAAAGAUCAAAACCAAAGACAAAGCUGAGAGCAGAAAACUCAAAGCAAUUCUUGAAUCUGAAGAUGAUGCGCAGCCGCAGCACAAGAGGUAUGGUUCCUUGUGUUCCCUCUACUCAUCUUGUUGCUGUUCCCCUCAUCAACAAGUUCAUGGCUUUGUUUCAUUCGAGAGAAACCCAUCUAGGAAAUCGACCCAAUAUUAUUGUGAGUAAUGUUGAGGAUGCCUCCAAUGUUGUUCCAUCAAAUGCUUCACUCGCGUCCUCUGCCUUCUUCUGUUAUCCCUUUCAAUCAAAUGUUGACUCAACUUUCCAAACUCAAACACUAUUCAGCAGUCAUCUCUUUGAAUAGGCAAAUGCUUCUGCGUCGAAUUGUUCCUAAUCACUAUACUCUAAACACUAUCAUCAAUUGCUAUUGCCAUUUGAAUCAAAUGGGGUUCAGCUUAUCUGUCUUGGGUAAACUCUUCAAAUUGGGUCUUCAACCAAAUGUUAUUACCUUCUCCACACUAAUCAACGGCUUUGUUCUCCACAAUCAAGUGCCUGAGGCUGCACUAAUUUUCACCAAAAUGCUAGAGGCAGGUCAUUGUAAGCCCAGCGUGUUUACUUUCAGCACACUAAUUAAGGGCUUUUGCAAGAUGGGAAACAAUUACUUGGGAAGAUGGAAGAAAGAGGAUGCGAGCCUAACAUAGUUUCAUAUAGCACCAUCAUUGACAGUCUUUGCAAGGAUACACUAAUUGAUCAAGCAUUGACCCUCUUCUCAGAAAUGAUUAGUAGAGGUAUUGCUCCAAACGUUGUUACUUACACCUCUUUGAUUCAAGGAGUUUGCAAUAUAGGCCAGUGGAAACAAGCUACAAGGUUGCUUGAUGAAAUGUUGAAUAAAGGUAUCUUUCCAAAUCUCUUCACCUUCAAUGUCUUGGUUGAUACAUUCUGUAAGGAAGGGAUGGUUGUGGAAGCCAAAACUGUGGUUGACAUGAUGAUUCAAAGAGGUAUUGAGCCUGAUACGAUUACAUACAGUUCCCUUAUGGAUGGUUACUGUUUGCGAGGAGAAAUGGACUAGGCAAAACAAGUCUUUGAUCUGAUGGUUUCCAAGGGCUCCAUCAUUGAUGUUCAUAGUUGUAGCAUAUUGAUUAAUGGAUAUUGCAAGAGUAAAAUGAUCGAUCAGGCUAACAAAAUUUUCAAGGAAAUGCAUCGUAUGGAACUUAGUCCUGAUACUGUUACUUAUAACACUCUUGUUGAUGGUCUUUGCAAAUUGGGGAGAAUACAAGAAGCAGAAAAGCCGUUCUCUCAGAUGCAAGUUUGUGGCCUGCUUCCUGAUGUUCAAACUUAUGCUGUUUUACUUGAUGGCCUGUGUAACAACCAGCAACUUUCUACGCCAGUAGAAUUGCUUAGAGAGAUGGAAGCCAACAGAAUGGAACUCAAUCUUGUAGUUUAUAAUGUUGUUAUUGAAGGUCUGUGCAAAGCUGGAAAAAUUGAAUCCGCAAUAGUUCUCUUCUCUGGUUUAUCAUCAAAAGGAGUUCAGCCUGAUGUGAGAACAUACAAUAUAAUGAUUGGUGGACUUUGUCAUCAGGGUUUGUUAGUUGAAGCAGAAAAGUUGCUGAGAGAAAUGGAAGGGAAGGGCUGUUCUCCAAAUGGUUGCACCUAUAACAUCAUUAUCCGAGGGUUGUUAAAUAACAAUAAGACAUUAUGGGCUUUGGAAGUUAUUCAAGAAAUGGUUAAGUGGGGUUUCUCUGCAGAUGCAUCAACUGUGAAAUUGAUAGUCGGUUUAUUGUCCAAGGAUGAAGUUGAUUUGAACGCUAUUAAGCUUAGGGAACUGCUUUACAGGAAAAUGCCUGCCCCAAUGUGGUAGCUGAUGGAUUCAACAUUUGAACUCAUGGCAUUGCUUUGGAUGAUGCCCGCAGUUUGAUGACUAUUUAGAUGAUGAUCAUCUGUUGGAACCUGGGAACUGUUUUUUGUACUGGUGUGAUCAGUUUCUCAGGUGGUAUUGAAGACAUGGAUGGCUUGGAGUGCCUCGUUUCUGUUAUUAGUGUACUUGCUACUUGCUAUUUCAGCAUGAACUGUGUAUUAUCAUCCAUGCUUUUGUUGGUAUCUUUUCAUCAUUUCAGAAACUCAUUCCCGGGCACCCAACAGCUAAACAUUUUGCUCUUUUGUUUCUCUGACUUCUUUUAUUCAUUUCACUUGUUUCUUUCCUUUUCCAAGUCCAGGCGAACUGGAGGCGUAAUAACACUAUACUCUCACAUCAAGAUGAUCACCACAGCAGCCUAAGUAAUGCGGAUGCACAUAGGCAAUCUUGACCCAAAAGAACUAUCUGGAAUUCUUUCCCACAAGAGGAGACAACUCGUGCACUGUCUCAAUAUGUAGUACAAGAAACCAGUUCUUUGUUGUUAUAUGUUAGCUUCAGACUUCACCCAAACCACACACUUAAAUUGUACACCACACCACUCCUUCAGAAAGCACAUGUGAUCUAUUGUCUAGUAGUAGCUAGGUCUUUAUCAGUUGUUGACUUGUUGUAUAAAUAGCAUCCUACUGUAAUCAAUCUUCAAUCAAGCAAUUCCAUUUCUCUUCAAGGCGAUGUCAAAAAUGGAACAAGGUCGCUCCUGGAGGUGCGAUCACACUUGGCCCUGGAUUUGGAUGAGCCUAAACUUCCCAAAGCAAUUAGGAGAUUUCAUUGCCUGGAGCCUCGAUUUGGGAAUAGGAAGAAAUCAAUUCUGAAACUAUACGUUUGGUUCUCUUCUCUUUAUCAGUCACUCUGCUUCUGAAAUUACUUCCUGGUGUUGAACUUUGGUUGAAGCGAAUUCGAACAAGCUAGUGCGCAGUGGCUGUAUGACCAUGUUUUGUCUCUACACAUCCUGACUUUGACAUCUGAUCUUGCUCACUCCUCUUGUAUUCAAUUAUCAUGUUUAAAACAAAGCUCCAGGACAACAAUUAG